GAUAAACUCACUUCAGAUGAUAAGCAAUCUUUGGAGAUUGAAGCCAAUAAAUUUUUGAUGAUGCCACAAAAGAUAGAAAUGCUAAUUGAUAAAGUCAAUAGUUUUUUUAAACCGGAGAAUCAAUUAACUUUAAUGGAUAUAAACGUCUUAAAUGUAGCAGCUAAUCAAUUUUUGGCUUUAAGGCAUAAAAAAACUUGGAAGCUUCUGAAGAUGGCGAUAAAUAAAUUCUUCGCCUCAUCCAAAGAUGAAAGAGAAAGAGUACUAAAAAAUGAAAUCAGAAAUUUUAUGAAAACCCCACUUUCCGUGGAAAACAAACUAUCUUUGGAGGGUAAACAGUUCAUAGAGAGUAAAUUGAUAGCAGACAUAACAACUUUGGAAAAAGUUUUGGAAAAAGCAUCAAUUUUGGGAAAAGCCUUGAAAGAAGAAAUUUUUGAAAAAAAUGCCAAAGAACUCCUGAAUUUAACAGCUAAAGAAAAUUUGGAAACAGCAGUAAAUAAACUCAUAACCUUGAAGCGUAAAAGUGUAUUGUUGAUAUUAGGUAGUGGAGGCACGGGUAAAUCGACGUUUAACCGGUAUCUUGCUCGUCUUCUAUGGGAAAAAUACAAACAAGACAUGACGCAACCCGUCCCUUUAUUUAUCGCAUUAGCGCCAUUAGAAAGAUUUAUAAAUAAAAAUCAGGAUUUUAUUGAAGCUUACUUACAGGAAAAAGGCAAACUAUCCACAGACCAAAUUAAUGAAUUACGGAAAAGGAAGUUUGUAUUUAUUUUAGAUGGUUAUGAUGAGAUUGCUGAACGUGAUCGGCAUUGCUAUGACAGCAAUAUGUUCUCUAACUGGAUAAAUGCGAAAAUUAUCAUUAGUUGUCGACCAGAAUACCUAAAUAAAGGCUAUGAAGAAAUAUUUUGGCCUAAGAAAACCGGAAAAAGAGGGUUCCAAGAACUGACACUUACACCAUUUUCGCGGACUGAAAUAGAACAAUAUAUAAACAAUUACGUUCAUCAUUUCAAGGAAAGUAAUUCAUCACUAUGGGACGCAGACAAAUAUAUACAAAAAAUAAACGAUAUACCACAAAUAAAAGAUCUUGUGUGCAAUCCUAUUCUAUUAAAAAUUACUUUGAAUGUUUUACCAGGUAUUCUCAUAGACAAAGAAUCAACUCAGAUAAAUCAUAAAGUUUUAUAUGAUGAAUUUAUUAAAAAAUGGUUUGAGCGUGCUUACGAUCGUUUAAAAAUCAUUCAAUUGAAACCUGAAGAAAGAGAAGAGUUCAAUCAUUUAAAUAAUGAUUUUACUGAGCACUGUUUAGAAUUUGCCUUCAAGAUGUUUAUAGAUAAUAAUAAAGUAGUUGUUGACUAUAAUUUAGAAAAUAAGGAGAUCACGUCUGACUGGGCGACGCUUUUAGGAGAUCUAAAUGUGAAAUAUCGAUUGAUGCGUUUUAGCAUGCCAUUAAUUCGACGUGGAAAUCAACAUUCGUUCUUCCAUAAAUCAUUACGAGAUUACUUAAUCGCUUGUGCAUUGUUAGAUUCACUUAAUGAUACGUCAGAAGCAACUCUCUUUAAUAAGAAAUCGAUUAUACCAGAACCUGCAAUUCAAAAUUUUAUUAUAUUUUCUAAAAAUAAUGCAAAUAUUCAAAUUGCUUCCACCAAUGCCAUUACAGUUCUAACACGUGCCAAAAUACAACUUUCAAUAAAUUUAGACAAUAUUCGUAUUCAAGGGGCGGAUUUGAGUGAUGGAGUUUUUAAAAAUUUACAAUUUGUACGAGCAGAUUUAAAUGGUGUCAAUUUUCGAAAUGCAAAUCUUCAAAGUGCAAAUUUCAAAGAUGCAACUCUUCAAGAUGCAAAUCUUCAAAAUGCAAAUCUCCAAUAUGCAAACCUCCAAAAUGAGAACAUUAAAAAUAUAUAUUUCCGAAAUGCCAAUCUCCAAUACGCAAAACUUGAUACUAACGGAACAGUCUUAUUUUCUAACAUAAAUUUAAAGUAUAUUUCUAAUAAACUACUAUCGAAUGACCCGAAAUGCAACCUUUAA